GACCAGCAGGUUAGAGUGCAGUGCGCGUUGAGGCAACUUGCACUGGAGUAACAGUAAAUCAGACCGAGCAGCCCUAGAAACCCCAGCAGUGAAACUGUAAACCUUAUCGCUUGUAUUUUUGGCCGCUGACAGGACAGCAACUCAGAUCCACUGCGGUCGUCUUUUCUCGGCGAGACUCAAGUGUUGUUCGGCGAAGGGAGCGACACCGAGAGCUGCAGCUGGGGGAGGACCGUUUUCCGCCUACUUUUUUCCUGCUAAUAUCUCAAUAUUAUAUCACACUGGAAAUGUCCGAAAACAAGCCGAAUGACGAGCCAAAGUUAUCCACGACAGACAGGGUGGUGAAAUCCGUCCCCUUCCCGCCUAGUCACCGCCUGACAGCUAAGGAGGUGUUCGACAGCGAGGGCAAGCCCAAGGUGGAUGUGCUCAAGGCCCACCUGACCAAGGAGGGGCGCAUGGAUGAGACGGUGGCGCUCAGGCUAAUUGGGGAGGGAGCAGCCAUUCUUCGUGCAGAGAAGAACCUGCUGGACAUUGAGGCUCCAGUGACAGUGUGCGGCGACAUCCAUGGACAGUUCUUUGACCUGAUGAAACUCUUCGAAGUGGGAGGCUCACCCGCAUCUACACGCUACCUAUUCCUGGGGGACUAUGUCGACAGAGGGUAUUUCAGUAUUGAAUGUGUGCUGUACUUGUGGGCCUUAAAGAUCCUCUACCCCAAAACACUGUUCUUGCUGCGUGGGAACCAUGAAUGUAGACAUUUAACAGAGUAUUUCACAUUUAAGCAGGAAUGUAGAAUUAAGUAUUCAGAGAGGGUGUAUGACGCAUGUAUGGACGCCUUCGACUGCCUUCCCCUGGCUGCACUUAUGAACCAGCAGUUCCUGUGUGUACACGGAGGACUUUCUCCAGAAAUCACAAAUCUUGACGACAUCAGGAAACUAGACAGAUUCAAAGAGCCUCCAGCGUAUGGGCCUAUGUGCGAUCUGCUGUGGUCCGACCCCCUGGAGGACUUUGGAAAUGAGAAGACCCAGGAGCAUUUCACACACAACACAGUGCGAGGCUGCUCCUACUUCUAUAGCUACCCUGCCGUUUGCGACUUCCUACAUCACAAUAAUUUAUUAUCUAUCAUCCGGGCCCAUGAAGCGCAGGAUGCCGGAUAUCGCAUGUACAGAAAGAGUCAGACCACUGGCUUCCCGUCCCUUAUCACCAUUUUCUCCGCACCCAACUACCUUGACGUCUACAACAACAAAGCGGCAGUACUGAAAUACGAGAACAACGUGAUGAACAUCCGACAGUUCAACUGCUCGCCUCACCCUUAUUGGCUACCCAACUUCAUGGACGUCUUUACCUGGUCGCUGCCCUUCGUUGGCGAGAAAGUGACUGAAAUGCUCGUCAAUGUCUUAAGCAUCUGUUCCAACGACGAGCUGACAACCGACGAGGAGCUGGACGGACAGCUUAUAUAUCCCCUCAAAAAAGGUGCCACGGCUUCUGCUCGCAAGGAAGUGAUCCGCAACAAGAUCCGCGCAAUCGGGAAGAUGGCCCGGGUAUUCUCUGUGCUCAGGGAGGAGAGUGAGAGCGUGCUGACACUGAAGGGUCUCACCCCGACUGGCAUGCUACCGAGCGGCGUGCUGUCCGGUGGCAAAGAGAAGCUUCAAAAUGAAACCGCAGGUAUAUUCAGUUGUGCAAGUAUCCCCGCUUUUCUUCCCCACCCGUUUUGUGAGAUCAGUUUAGUUUAGUCCCGCUCACCCUCUCAUGUUCAAUAUUGCAAACUCAAAAGGCUUUGAAAUGCACCGAUUUUGAGUUGGACAAGUUUAGUAAACACGCUGACUAGUGUGGAGUUCAGCAGUAAGUAAACAUGUCUGGUGUAAGUGAGUAGAUUGUCACAGAUAGCCACUAGUGAAUGAAAGAGGGAGUAACUGCCUUUUUAUUCAUUAAUAAAACAGGAAUCGGUGAAACUUUGCUCGCCUCCCACAACGUAAAGAUUUUUUAAAAAUGAAUAAAUGAACAGUGAAUGUGUUCAGAUGGAAAUCACUUUUAAUUUUUGCAAUUGUAAUUGGGUUCCCUUAACCUUCGUAAGGUCCUUAAUUCCCUCCUUCUGACAAAAAAUGUCAGCUGCUUGAAUAUAAGAUAAAAUACUACACUUUUUAUGUUUUCCCACUUUAAACCAGUCAAUCUUUGAAAGCUCAUUUAGCCUAAAAUAUCACAUAUUAAUAGUACUUGAAAGAGAUCUUAUCAAUCAAUCAAUCAAUCAAUAUUUAUUUAUAUAGCGCUAAAUCACUAGUGUCUCAAAGGGCUGCACAAGCCACAGCGACAUCCUCUGUUCAGAGCCCACAUAAAGGCAAGGAAAAACUCACAACCCAGUGGGACGUCAAUGUGAAUGACUAUGAGAAACCUUGGAGAUGACCGCAGAUGUGGGUCACCCCCUCCCCUUUAGGGGAGACCGGAUGCAAUAGGCGUGGAGUGGGUCUAACAAAAUAUCGUGAAAGUCCAGUCCAUAGUGGAUCUAAGAUAAAAGUGACAGUCCAGUCCAUAGUGGAUCUAAGAUAAAAUUGAGGGUCCAGUCCAUAGUGGGGCCAGCAGGAGACAAUCACGAGCGGAGACAGGUCAGCAGCGCAGAGAUGUCCCCAACUGAUGCACAGGCGAGCGGUCCACCCCGCGUCCCGUCAUUAACUUUAACACAUAAAUACAGAUUAAACCAUCAUCAAUAAUAAUAUGAUUUAAAAUUGUAACACAUUUAAUCCAUCUGCAGCAAAACAGUAAUAGUUUUUUUUUUUUAUUUAACUUUUCAAAGGUAUUUUUCUUCCUCUUACAAAUAUUAGGCCCUAAGGUCAACAAGCAACAUUGAUUGUUUUUCUACAGUCAAAUUAAAAACAAAAACUCCCAUACAAGAAGCAUUUCCCAAAUAGCUGCUGUAAAAAGAUGAUAUAUUCAUGUUCUUUCUAUUUGAAAUUAGUCAGUUACAAACCCUGUUUCCAUGUGAGUCGGGAAAUUGUGUUAGUAAAUAUAAACAAAUACAGGGCUUCACGGUGGCAGAGGGGUUAGUGCGUCUGCCUCAAAAUACGAAGGUCUUGAGUAAUCUGGGGUUCAUUCCCGGGCUCGGGAUGUAUUUGUGUGGAGUUUGCAUGUCCUCCCCGUGAAUGCGUGGGUUCCCUCUGGGUACUCUGGCUUCCUCCCACUUCCAAAGACAUGCACCUGGGGAUAGGUUGAUUGGCAACACUAAAUUGGCCCUAGUGUGUGAAUGUAAGUGUGAAUGUUGUCUGUCUAUCUGUGUUGGCCCUGCGAUAAGGUGGCGACUUGUCCAGGGUGUACCCCGCCUUCCGCCCGAUUGUAGCUGAGAUAGGCACCAGCGCCCCCCGUGACCCCAAAGGGAAUAAGCGGUAGAAAAGGAAUGGAUGGAUGGAGAAUGAUUUGCAAAUUCUUUUCAACCCAUAUUCAAUUGAAUGCACUACAAAGACAAUAUAUUUGAUGUUCAAACUCAUAAACUUCAUUUUUAUUUUUGCAAAUAAUAAUUAACUUAGAAUUUCAUGGCUGCAACACGUUCUAAAGUAGUUGGGAAAGGGCAUGUUCACCACUGUGUUACAUCACCUUUUCUUUUAACAACACUCAAUAAACGUUUGGGAACUGAGAAAACAAAUUGUUGAAGCUUUGAAAGUGGAAUUCUUUCCCAUUCUUGUUUAACGUAGAGCUUCAGUCGUUCAACAGUCCGGGGUCUCCGCUGUCGUAUUUUACGCUUCAUAAUGUGCCACACAUUUUCGAUGGGAGACAGGUCUGGACUGCAGGCUGACCAGAAAAGUAGCUGUUUUUAUACCCAAUCAUGGCACCCAACUGUUCCCAAUUAGCCUGUACACCUGUGGGAUGUUCCAAAUAAGUGUUUGAUGAGCAUUCCUCAACUUUAUCAGUAUUUAUUGCCACCUUUCCCAACUACUUUGUCACGUGUUGCUGGCAUCCAAUUCUAAAGUUAAUGAUUAUUUGCACACAAAAAAAAUGUUUAUUAGUUUGAACAUCAAAUAUGUUGUCUUUUUAGCAUAUUCAACUGAAUAUGGGUUGAAAAUGAUUUGCAAAUCAUUGUAUUCCGUUUAUAUUUACAUCUAACACAAUUUCCCAACUCAUAUGGAAACGGGGUUUGUAUUUAAAACUACUGUACUUCAGUCUAAAACAUAAUAUUUAACAAUAUUUAUACAAAGGAACAAGAGAAAGCUAAAAUAGUAACACAUUCUCACAUUAUUCAUUAUUGAUAGUAACACCCACUUAUCACUUCAGUAGCAAGACACUAAGUUGAGUGCAUUAGUCAACAAGAAGGUUAAUGUGGGAUGAAAAAUGCCUUUUUAGUUAGAAAUAACUUUUUAUGUAGCUAGUUUUUAACUUUAUUUAUAAAUGACUUUUGUCAAAUUUCACCUAAAUCCAUCCAACGCAGCCCAAAUGUAAAACAAAUAAAGCUAAAGAAAACCCAAGGCCCCAAUGAUUAUUUAAGGGUUAAACAACAGCAAAAGAAAAUGGACCUUUUUUGAAACUUGCACGAUUGUUUUGCUUGGAGGUACAGCUCUCUACCUCAUGAUUGGAUUAUUUAAUGAAUGACAAUCAUGUUUAAUACAAACCAUCACGAAAUUUGGAGUAUUGAAUUACUUUAGCACAAAAACCUGGACGAAAACGUUGGAAACGAGCAAGGUUCCCAGAUUCCUGUGGCACCAUGGGAAGAAUCACAUGACCUCC